AUGUGGUCCGCUGACAGCAUGGAGCCAGAGACAGCACACACCCAGAGCACCUUCUUCACCAAGGUGGACGUGCCCGACCAUGCUCACUACAUCGUGGCUGUGUUCGUCUUCGUCAUCGGGACGCUGGGCAUCACCGGCAAUGCUCUGGUUAUGUUCGCCUUCUAUAGUAACAAGAAGCUUCGUAACCUGCCCAACUACUUCAUCAUGAACUUGGCGGUCAGCGACUUCCUCAUGGCCUUCACACAGUCGCCCAUCUUCUUCAUCAACUGUAUCUACAAGGAAUGGGUGUUCGGAGAGAUGGGCUGUAAGUUGUACGCAUUCUGUGGCGCCCUGUUCGGCAUUGCCUCCAUGAUCAACCUACUGGCCAUCUCCAUCGACCGCUACGUGGUUAUCACCAAGCCCCUGAAGGCGAUUCACUGGAGCUCCAAGAGGAGAACUGCACUGGCAAUCCUCAUGGUCUGGCUCUACUCUCUGGCCUGGAGUCUGGCUCCUCUCGUCGGCUGGAGCUCUUAUAUCCCAGAGGGCCUGAUGACGUCUUGCACGUGGGAUUACGUCACUUACACAAAGGCCAACAGGAGCUACACGAUGAUGCUUUGCUGUUUUGUUUUCUUUAUUCCUCUGGGAAUCAUCUUUUAUUGCUAUCUCUUCAUGUUUCUGGCCAUAAGGAAGACUGGCAGGGAGGUAGAGCGUCUGGGGACUCAGGUGAGGAAAUCCACCCUCAUCCAACACAAGUCAAUCAAAACCGAGUGGAAGUUGGCAAAGAUCGCUUUCGUGGUCAUCGUGGUUUAUGUCCUCUCCUGGUCACCAUAUGCCUGCGUCACACUGAUUUCCUGGGCAGGGCACGCCAACAUCUUGUCGCCAUACUCCAAGGCCGUCCCUGCAAUCAUAGCAAAAGCCUCGGCGAUCUACAAUCCCUUCAUCUAUGCGAUCAUACAUAACAAAUACAGGAUGACUCUAGCAGAGAAGUUCCCCUGCCUCUGGUUUCUCUCUCCUACUCCUCGGAAGGACUGCUCCUCCAUCAGCGAGUCGUCUUACAGGGACUCCAUCAUCAGCCGACAGUCCACAGCAUCAAGGACACACUUCAUUUCAGCGACCUCCAAUGCCACAGACAUGGUGUUGAGGGAUGUAGAGAUGGAGCCUUUGGGCAGGAGGUCAGGUGACUCCUUCCGAAGCAUGUCGUCAUACGGUCACUCUCGCAGAGGGAGGUCCUAUAAGAAACAAUUGGAGCGGAAAGGAACAAAGACCUAUCCACCGCAGAAGUGUCCGUCCACCAUGAAUGAACCAUCGAGCUCUUGUGAACUGGUUUCCAGCUCUCUUACCAUCGCCACUGUCCCCCUGCUAGUUCUUACCAGGAUGCGCAGCCAGAGUCUGAACAAUGAUAUUUCAAACGCUGGGGAGGAGAAGCGCAGCAUCAGCAGUCAGCUCAACAGCCUCAAGAGCGACUCGUUCGACUCCCUCAAUUUCAGAACGAUCCCGGCCAGCGAUCCCCGGUCGCCUCAGGGCAUCCCGCGCAUUAUCGUCAUCAGUCCCACGUCGGAGAGCAGCCUCAUCAAACAGGACAGCGUGUGCAUGGAGGACAGCAUUGAGGCGAUGGAGAACCACACUUUUGUCAGUCUGAACUUCUCGUCGGAAGUGUUCGAGGCCGUUGAGCUGCUCUCGUGA